CCCCGAACGUUAUUUCUUCUAUCUAUCCCUACCCGAAACUCUGUUUUCUUACUUAGAUUACAUUCUUACUCGUUUGAUUUUGUUAUUCUCUGAUCAUUCGUGAUCACCACAUUCGUUAUGGUUCGCGCCAAUACCCUCGCUGCACUUGCCGCUCUUUCCUUAGUGUCUGUUCACGGUCUCGAGUUGGUUGUGAAGAGUGAUGAUUCUAUCAAAUCAACUUCCUCUUCCAUUGCGAGCAUCCUAGUGGGUUAUUACAAUGGCAACGAAGCAGGAGAGACACCUGGUCUUUUACCAGAGCCAUACUUUUGGUGGAAUGCAGGAGCCAUGUGGGAUACAUUGAUCCAAUACUGGCAAACUACUGGCGACGACCGAUACAACGGAAUUGUCAGCCAAGCUCUCCAGUUCCAACGUGGGGACAGGAACGAUUUCAUGCCAGCCAACCAGACCAAGUCGCUUGGAAACGACGAUCAGGUGACUUGGGCUCUCGCUGCAAUGUCCGCUACGGAACAGAACUUCCCAGCACCGGAAGAUACCACGUGGUUUGCACUUGCAGACGCGGUAUUCAAUGAGCAGGCUGUUCGUUGGGAUACCGAGUCGUGUGGAGGUGGGCUGAGAUGGCAGAUCUUUUCGUUCAAUGCUGGAUAUAAUUACAAGAACGGCAUCUCCAAUGGUGCCUUCUUCCAACUCGCUUCCCGCCUUGCCCGCUACACCGGAAACGUAACUUACUCUGACUGGGCAUCCAAAGUUUAUGAAUGGACGACGACUGUUGGAUUGAUUGACGAUGAAUACAAUGUAUUUGACGGUGCCGACUCAACUCAAAACUGCAGCACCAUCAACAAAGUUCAGUUUUCUUACGUUGCUGGUACAUAUAUCAGUGGAGCCGCACAUCUGUACAACAUCUCCAGCGGAGAAGAUCAAAAGAUUUGGAAGACUGUGCUCGACGGACUUCUCAAGAAGAACAUCGAAGUCUUCUUCCCGGAUGGCAUUGCUACGGAAGUGUCGUGCGAGGAAUCCGGAACCUGUAACACCGACAUGCUUUUCAUGAAAGGCAUCUUUGCCCAGAACCUUGUUGACACCAUCAAAGUUGCACCCUAUACCUCGGAUGAUAUUCUGAAGGUCAUGAGCAGCUCGGCUAAAGCUGUCGCUUCUGCCUGCUCAAGUACCGGAUGCUCACCUGUUUGGCCUUCAACUGUGACUGAGUCUGACGAUGGAGGCGUUGGACCAGCAUUGAGUGCUUUAAGCUUCGUUCAGGGUCUUCUUGUUGGAAAGGCUGCUGCGCCUGUGACGAAGGCAACCGGAGGUGCUGGGUCGAACAGCACUGGUACUGCGACUGGAGGAUCUGGCACAUCGACUAACGCCUCUGAGUCUGGAAAUCCCUCAAGCUCGGGAACUCCUGCACCGACCACUACUGGAAAUGCGGCUGUUGCUUUGGGAUCCAAGAUGGGUAUGGGGGGAGUUGCUGCUAUCAUGGGCUCAGCAGCUUGGCUGAUGUUGUAGGUAGCUUUUGAGCAUUGGUGGUGUCUACUAUGGAUGGCUUGGGCAUGAUAGCUUCCAAUGGGUCUAUGUCAACUGCUUCAAUCCAGUCAAUCUCGCCCUGACCCGCAGUCCCAAAACUUGACAAUAUACACACACUUUUGAUCAGACUGUCAUAAUUCCUCUUGAUCUUUCCCCUUCGAGCCACCGAAAUCCACUCUACACUCAUCGAACUCUUAGAUUAUCGACUGUAAGCAGAGCCGUGUUGUGCCAGGAAACUACUAGCACGACAACAUCAAUUGCUAAAUAACGCCCAUCGGUCGGCAGACUAGAUCACAUGAACUUGCCGUUCUUCAUCUACAACGGCGAUCAUGGCGUCCCGUUCCAGAUUUGUUGUGGUUCGCAAAUAUGUGCUGGUGCGAUGCGUGGGGUUGGUCAAUACGGCUUCUAGAAUGGGUAUGAUGAAUUGCACUCACAUAGAUGAUAUGCCAUACACUUCUAUACUUGGUGUUAGCCAAAAUACCGGAAAUAUUUUCACAGAAAGUAUGCUGUUGGUCACAAGGUAUGCUAUCUGGAAUGAUGUUUGCAACGAUCAAGUGAC